AUUUGCAGGUCCAACUUCAGUUUCUUCUGGAACUUGACACCUUUUCUUUGGCCCACCAUGGAGCCCCUGGGAAUGACCACGAUUUUCUUGAUGACUUGUUUCUCAUGCCUUCUCUUUUCAGCGUGGAGAAGUAAAUCUCGAACAGGGAAGCAGCCUCCUGGCCCUAUUGCACUCCCCUUCAUUGGAAGCAUGUUCCAUCUGAACCCACGAAACGUGCCUGAAAACCUGGAGAAGCUCAGCAAGAAGUACGGUCCUGUCUUCACAGUACGUUUAGGCCCCAAAGAGGUUGUGGUGCUGUAUGGCUAUGACGUUGUGAAAGAAGCUCUGAUUGAUCAGGCAGAUGAGUUCAGUGGAAGAGGCACUCUACCGCUGUUUGACAAAUUCUUCCAGGGCACAGGAAUUGUGAACAGCAAUGGGGAGACCUGGAAGCAACUCCGACGAUUUGCCCUCACUACCCUGCGUGAUUUUGGGAUGGGGAAGAAGAGCAUUGAGGACCGGAUCCAGGAGGAAGCUCAUUUUCUGGUGGAGAGGAUCAAGAACACACGUGAGCGGCCCUUCAGGCCUGACAGCUUCCUAGUCCAUGCUGUUUCCAACAUCAUCUGCUCCAUUGUCUUUGGGGAUCGGUUUGACUAUGAGGACAAAAAAUUUCUGACUCUAAUUGAGUUGCUAGAUGAAAAUAACAGGAUCCAGAAUGCUAUACAGACACUGUUAUACAAUUUCAUGCCACGUAUCCUGGACCACUUACCCGGGCCUCAUCACAAAUUGGCACAGAAUAUUGACGCAGUUUAUAAAUUUAUUUCUGAAAUCGUAACAGCCCACCAGAAAUCCCUGGAUCCCACCUGUCCUCGAGACUUCACUGAUGCUUUUCUUAUCAAAAUGGAACAGGAGAAAGGGAAUGCUCGUUCAGAAUUUACCCCUGAGACCCUGAUCAGAACCACAUUUGACUUGUUCCUUGCUGGAACAGGGACAACCAGCACUACACUGAGAUAUGGACUUCUGAUUCUCCUGAAAUACCCAGAGAUAGAAGAGAAAGUUCACAAAGAGAUUGACCAUGUGAUUGGCCGAGACCGAAGCCCCUGCAUGGCGGAUCGGAGCCAGAUGCCAUACACAGAUGCUGUGAUCCAUGAAAUCCAGAGAUUCAUGGAUUUACUUCCACUUAAUGUCCCACAUGCUGUGACCAAAGACACCAAGUUCAGAGACUAUCUUAUCCCCAAGGGCACUAUGAUAUUCCCCAUGCUAAGAUCUGUCCUACAUGACAACAAGGAAUUUCCAAAUCCAGAACAAUUUGACCCGGGACAUUUCUUAAAUGCAAAUGGAACCUUUAGAAAGAGCAACUACUUCAUGCCAUUUUCUGCAGGAAAACGCAUCUGUGCAGGAGAAGGUCUGGCACGGAUGGAGCUAUUCAUAUUUUUAACAGCCAUCCUGCAGAAUUUUACUUUGAAACCUGUUAUCGAUCGCAAGGACAUUGACAUUUCCCCAAUAAUCAACAGUUUUGCAAAUACGCCAAAACCUUACGAGAUCUCUUUCCUUCCACGUUAGCCAAGUAAAGACAGUUGCCAACCUCCAAGCUCCUGAAAGCUCUGCUUGAACGACAAUCAUUUUCCAACCUGGAGAUACUAAACACUGAGACCAUUUGCUAGAUUCUUUAUCGAGAGACAUGUCCUACUAAAAAGAAGAAAAUGUUUGUAUGUAUCCAGCUCUAAGGCAAGUAGGUGGUUGCACAGGGGAGGAGACAGCUCCCUAUGGCAAAGCUAUACAGGCUUUCCUCCACGCCUCCUCUGCCUAACCCAGGUUCCUCUCUGGGUCCUUACCUCCUGACAUACCUCAGGGUAUGUGAGUUAGUGCUCUCAGAGCCCUGCUACUGCUGUCUGUGCCACCUGUUCCUCUCAGCACAGCAGGAACAGUGACAGUUGUACUAUAGAGUUUUCCCAGACACUGCUUGAGGUACAUGUCUCUCCUCUGUAGUUUCUUUCUUUUUUUUUUUUUUCUUUGUGACCUGCUUGUGAUGGUAAGCACAAACGGUGUAGAACUGUUUUUUUUCCUGUCAGAAGAUGAUGAUCUUCCACCCUCAGGGGCUCAGCAGACACUGUAUUCUUGCCAUAGUAUAUAUCCUCUCCUUCGGUGGGGAUGGAGUUUAUCUGAGGACUAGGCAGAUGGGUCCCCUCUUAUGUGAUUAUAAUAAAGGUCUGUGAAAUUACACUUUAUAUUGCAAAAUAAAGAAAAAGUAAUAAACUGGA